CUGUGCUCCGCGUCCGGAGAGCGCCGCGGUGCCUUCCUCCGCGUAGGGGGCAGCGUCCAGGGAGCUGCCUAGUCCUAGGCAUGGGGAGGGGACUGCCCUGGCCGCUGGGGAGCGGAUGGGCACCUACCUUCGCGGGGGGGCUGCGCAGGGCUUUGCAGCCCUCCCUUGGUCUGGAGCAGUUGGGUGCAGGUGUGACUGUCCCUGGAGCAGGAGGUGGGGAGGGUGGUGGAUGUCCCACUGCGGGAUGGAGAGGGUGCGAGCGUCUCACGGUGCCCACCACUUCCUGGCCCAGCUCCCUGCCAAAUCUGAAGGCAACAGGCACAAAGGGAGAAGACUGAAAACGGGGCAAGCCAGAAACGAAUCACUGGGGCUCAGCUUCUCUGCUGCCAAGCCAGCCCUGCUGCGCCUCAGAUCCUGGCUCUGGAUGAUGGAACUGUUCACACGGAAAAUCGGAGGGAGAAUGGUGUUUUUUUUCCCCCCCCAUCUACUUCUUUGUCUCGAGCUUCAUUUUUCAUUACAGUGGCUGGCACAUGAAGGAGACAGGUGACUUGUAUUGCGACAGCCUCUCUUCCUUCCCACAAGGGAGCUGAUAGAUCUCUUUACAGGCAAAAGUUUUCAAUCUCUGUCAUAGCCUACUUGCAGUAUGUAGCAGAUUAUUACUAAUGGAUCUCUUGCAUUGGUGUGCUGGAAUCCAGGCUUUUCAUUAUCAAUCGCUCCCUAGAAAGACUUUCCCCGUCUAUGUAUGGCAGGGUAACACAUCACUGUUGAUGCAAGCUUUGGCUGAAGAUUUGACACCACUAGCCUGAAGACUGCUAAUAAUCAGCAUCCAUUUUUUCUGCCAUUCAAGAAAUAGCCAGGGACAUGGAGUGUACAAGAGAUACAUAUGAAGUAAAUCGAGAGAUGAAAACCUAUACCAUAUUUUUAAACAUAAAUGGCAAACCUUGCAAUAUGAAUGGAAAGCAAAUGAAAUGCAAAGAAGGAAAGACAGAGAAACAGCUGACCCUAUCACUGGAGGCAAAAUAAGGCCACUUGGUGUGUCUGGCUCUUUUUUUGUAAAAUCACUUCAGUCCAAUUGCUCAAAGAAUGUGAAAUAAUGAACAUAUUAGCAAGUAGCAGUUGUUGAUUGGUGCCCAUCAUAAAAUGAAAACGGUCAAUUUUUGAUCUGAUUUAACAUCCAUUAAAAAAAUGUCAAACUGUUGCUGAAAUAAUAUCAUUGUAUCAAGUAGUGUUUCAGGUUGGCCAUCCCAGAGAUGAAACUGAACCUAUUCAAUAAAAUACAGGAUAGUGUGUUCUUAAAAUCUAUCCAGUCAGCCUUUCUCUCAGGAUAGGCAAGAAAAAAAUAAAAUAAAUCAUAGUGGAAAUAUAAAUGAGUGUAACAAGUCAAUCAGAACAUUUCUUUGCAUAACACCUCAUCUGUUCACAAAAGUAAUUUCAUGUUUUUGGAUGAAAUUUCAAAGAACUGCACUCUGAACUUAUCUGCAAUUAAUUUAUCUGAUGGGUUAAUAGAAAAGAAAAAUAUAUGAAGAAAUUAGAAGGCAGGACCACAAAUAUGGAGAAGGCAGCUAAAGAAAUUCAAAUGGAAAACACAGGACAAUCAGAAAAUCCUAGUGCAGCAAAACUGUGCCCUUCAACUGAAGAACAGGCAGAAAAACUCACAAUGUUUUGUUUUAAGAAAAGAAAGAAGUCCUGUAAGAAGACAUUGGAGAUGAAAGGUGUCUGUGAAGAAGACUCUGUAACCUUGAAACAUACAAGCCAAUCCAUCAAUUCAGCCCCUGGAGAAGGGGAAGUUUCCAACCAAUCUCAGUCAUCAAGGGGAGCCUGGGCAACUAUAAAACGUCUAGUGACACCUAAGAGACGGUCAAAAUCUUCAAGGAAGCAGACACACUCUGAUUCUCAAGUGCAACUGGAGAUAAAUACCGAGGAUCCUGGCUUGCAGAGUUUUCCAAAGAAUCGGGUUAGUUCUGGGCUUAAAAUUCCCUGUAUACGGUUCUCAAGAGGCAAGAAAAAACCCAGCCAUUCUGAAAUAACAGAAGAAUCAGAUUGCAGUGUUAAAGCAAAUGAACUGAUGGGCAUUUUGAAUAAAGCUAACAGUGAACCAGAGGAUUUGGCAAUAACAGUCAAAUCUAGCAUGGAUCAAUCCUUCAGCCAAGCCUCUGAAAAAAGUGACAGGAACUCACUUAAUUCCACUGGGAAGAAUGCGCUUUUGGUAGAGUCCAGACCAGACACUGAUCAACACACACAGUGCAUCGUUCAGUCAGAAAUAACAAAUCCAGAGGCAGUUGCUAUAAUGCUCCAGGAAAAGCUACACCAGAAGAGCCUACAUGAAACUCCUGAACAUACACCUGUAGCAAACAAGGGAGUUGAUCUCGAAACCACCCUUAGUGCUAAUGUUUCUAAGGACCUACCAGAUAAUGUAGCUGAAGCCACAGAGGUACAAGAAACAAAUAGCAUCGAUGACACAGGGCUUGAAUAUAAAGAGUCUGGAAGGAACAUAAAUGCUAGUGAAGACUGUCAAUCCAGAGAGAGAAUAAUGAGUUUCAAUCAGUCAGCAUUUAAAGAUGAUGCAGUAAGCGUGCAGAGCUGUUCAAGUGAACAAUUGAAAUUAGAAGAAAACAAGAACACUAGCGGAGUGAGCAUUGUGAUUACAAUUACUGAAGCAGAUGACGAGCCUGAUGAAGAGGAGUCAAACCUGGACUGCAAGCUGUCCUCCAUUACAUGUGAACAUAAGCAAAAGGGGAAUAAAAAAAUAAGUGGGAACCUCAAUUUCAGUAAACUUUCUAAUCGCAAAGAGGGCAUAGUAUCAGGCAGUGGCCACAGGAGAGAGGCUAAAGUCUGUUCUCCUGCUCGGUCACCCAAUGGUCUUAGUGAUCAGGAGCACGGCACUUCAGAACAGUAUGAAUUGCUUCUGAUAGAAACUGCUGCUUCACUUGUUAAGGCAGCGAUUCAGUCAUCUAUAGAACAGCUGGUUAAUGAAAUGGCUUUGGACCAUAGUAAACAUAACAGUGUUCUGUAAUGACAAGAAUGCCCCAAAAUAUAGUAUGACUCAACAGCAGCAAUUUAAAAUUGUUUAGCGCCAAGAUGAAAGGCUAGAAACAGUCUUAACUCCUUAGGUAUUUGGGGUCUGUGUGUAGUGUAUUUCUGCAUGCUGGGUAUGCCAUUGUGUAUCU